AAUCAUAAAUAUGCCCAAAACAACAAAUGAUUCUAAUGAAAAGAGUGAUUUAACUCAAACACCACAAAUAACAUACUCGGAAAUUGCUUCGAAAUUACUACAGGAUAGAUUUUUAUUAUCAGCUUUAGAAUUACAUACGGAAUUAGUUGAGUCAGGUCGUGAAAUCAUUCAACUUAAAGAAUUUUUCUCUAAUCCAGGGAAUUUUGAACAAGCUAGAUUUGAAGAAUUUUCACCAAUAGCUCGAUCGGGUAGUCAAGCAACAUUAGAUUCAUUAGAUCUCACUCGAUUUUCGGAAGAUGGAGAGCGAACAGCAGAUGAUCGAGUUGCUGUCCUUGAAUUUGAAUUGAGAAAAGCGAAGGAAACAAUUAAUGCAUUAAGAACAAAUUUAACGGUAGCAACUGAAUCUGAUAAUUCUCCUUCCAAUGAACAACAAAGUAAUAAAGGUGUUAUUGUUGAUACCAUCAAACCACACGAACAAAGAGCCUUAAAUUUUUUAAUUAAUGAAUAUUUGCUUAAUUAUGGGUAUAAAUUGACAUCGAUUACUUUUGCAGAUGAGAAUGAAGAUCAGGAUUUUGAAGAUUGGGAUGAUGUUGGGCUUAAUAUUCCUAAGCCAUAUGAAUUACUCGUACUGUAUCGUGAUGCGAUAAGGCAUGCAAGCUUUAAUCAGGUGGAAAAAAGUUGUCAAGUUAAUUUACCCGUUCGAGAUGAAAUUUUAGAAGAGCGAAUAUCAAUUUUGACUACACAAAUGGAAAAUUACAAAACACUUGUUGAAGAAUUAGAAAAUGAAAAACAAGAAUUGGAAAAACAAUAUCAAAAACUAAUAUCUAGUCAAAAUCAACAAUAUUUUUUAAAUACGGUUGAAGCAGAAACAAUUUCAGGACAUAGUAGUGAAUCUCCAGAACGUUUUGAAAUGAUUGAGAAACCUGAAAAGAUUUCAAUAACUGAUAAAGUUCAAGAUAAUGUUUUAAAUUAUGAAGAUGAAUAUUCAGGAGAAACCAGUAUUAAUGAGAAUGAUAUUGAAUGGUCACCUGUUAAAUUAACAAUUCAUAAUCAGUUAGAGUCUAAACGAAGUCUGGACAAUGAGAGUAUAAGUAGUUUAAAAACUGAUUCAAUUGAUAUUUCGUUAAAUAAAAUAAACAGGAAAUUACCUGAUGAAUAUAAGAAAGAAUUAUUAACUCAAUGUUAUAAAAAUAUUUGUACAACAUCUGAUACAACACUAGAAAAUACAUUCAAGGAUGGUCUUACAGAAGAGAAAUUUUUGUCUGUUAUUUCAAAUUGUCUUCCUCAAAUUAUACCAAAUAUUAUUUUAAAUAAGCGAGAAGAAAUAAUUCCUUUAUUAUUAUGUUCAGCGUAUUUAUCGAAAAAUAAUGCACAAAGAGAUAAUUUAUUGCAUCAACUUUUCAAUUUAAAAAAACGACCAUCGGCAGAAGAAAGAAAAAAAAUAUUAGCAGGAAUUUUAGCUUUUGUAAAAAAUAUUGAUAGUAAUGUAAUAGAAAAUGAAUUAUUAACUCAAUGUUGGGAGCAAAUUUCUCAUAAAUAUGUUGAACGACGUUUACUGGUUGUAGAAACUUGUAUUCUUUUAGUGCCUUAUAUUUCGAGUGCUAUUCGAAAUUCAUUAAUGCUUUCAAUGUUACAACAAAUGUUAACUGAAGAUCGUGAACCGUCUGUAAGAGAAGUAACAGUACAAGCGUUAACAUUUAUAAUUGGUUUAUGUGAAGAUGUUGAUAAGUAUACACAAUGUGAAGAAUUAGUGGUACAUGCACUAAAUGAUUCUGUACCAAGUGUUGUAAGUUUAGCAAAUAAUUUACUUCUACCAGUUCUUGCAAAGUGGGCUUUAGAUACAGAUAAAUUUCAAACAAAUUUAAUGAAAAAAUUAUUUAAAAAAUUGCGUCAUGUAUUUACAAGAACGGAAACAAUAUCUGAAGAACGCAUUAUACAAAGUUUAAAUUCAAUUUAUAUAUUGUUACCUUUUACAAUAUUAUCAAUUGCUAAGUCAAGUUAUGUGAUAAACCAUUUUGAUGAAAGUGUUAAAAAUGCUACAUUACGUCCGGAAUUUGUUGAAUUAUGUUCACCAUUAACCAACCCGAAUUUAUUUUACGAAGGACAACCGUCUGUGGGAGAGCUGAUAAUAACAUUCCAAUUAAUAAUUAAAGAAAAUGUUGAAAGUUGGCCUGAAUUUGAUUGGUUUAAAGAUACUAUGUUACAAGAACUAAUUGCUGUUUCAAAUUACGUAGAAAUUCAUCAAGAGGCAGCUCUACAAACAACAAUAAAUUUAUUUCGCAGCAUUGCUAUAAUAUUUGGUAAAAAUUUUACAAAAAUUGAAUUGAAACGUUUAUUUGAUAGUCAUAUACAAAAUUUGGAACAUUCAUUAGCACAUUUACAUAGUUCAUCACCAAAACUAUCAUUGAUACCAAUCUAUUUGAAUGGCAUUAUAAAUAAUAUUGAAUUUAUUGAUGAUAUUAGUAGUUUUAUAAAAAAGUUUGUGUGUGCCUUAUCAUUAAGUGGUACACCAGUCACCGCAUUAGAAUUAGCAAUUAAAAAUCUUUGCGAUCAUAAGGAAUUACAGAAUGUAAUUGUUGGUACUCUAUGGGAAUGUAUAAUACAUCAACGUGUUGUUGUGCGUAGUUCUACAUGUACACUGUUUGCGUCAUUAAUUGGCAAAGUUGAAGAGAAUUUGUUAAUAAAUCGUGUAUGUCCUGCUUUAGUCACGUUAUCUAGUGAUUCCGAUGUUUCGGUUCGUAUAGCUGCUGUUCCUUGUAUAGGAUCAUUAAUAACAUCAUGUAGUAUUCGUGAAGUACAUGAUAAAGCUUACAUGCAAUUACAAAGUGUUUUGUCCGAUCAAUCUACGAAAUCUGACCAUGCUUUACUCUGUCAAAUUAUUACUACCUUAGGGCAUAUAGCUAAUGCUUCCGAACCAUGGUUUAGAGAAGAAGUUAUUUUACCACAAUUAGCUAAUUUAGCAACCUCUGCAUCUGAAAUACCAAACCAAACACGGCGUAAAGAUAUAACAUAUAAGUUGUUAGAGUCAUUUUCAAUUAUAAUUUAUUGUCCAAUGUCAAGACAAACGUUAAGUACAUGUUUGUUACCUGGUUUAAGAGGCUUGGAAAAAAUCAAUUUACCAACAAACUUACAUCAAGAACAAAUUACAAUGAUGAUAAAAGAUGUUGAAUCUCGUUUAGAAAUAAAUACUAGUAAUACUGUGUCGAAUACUUUACAUAACGAACGUCCAAAUACUCUCACACAAAAUGUAAAUUUAGGUGUUGAAGAUAUGCGUCAAAGGAUGAGUAAAAUUUUAUCACCAAAUGUUGUUAAAAAUGUACCAAAUAGUUUUACAAAUCUUCAAGGUAUUUUUAAAAAGAAAUAA